GCUUCAACCUCCGCAACGGUCAAUUCUUCCAUCCACCAUAGGAGACCAUCUCACUGCGUUCUCGUUGAGCAUCGCAUCAAUGGAAAAUGGCAAAGGAAUCCGAAUACGAUGGCAUUGCCGCCAAAUUCGCGAAGGCGAAAGCCCGCCGUGAACAGGAAGAGUCGCAGGGCUUGACCACCGCGAGUCAAGACGACAAGAAAGUUCGCGAAUAUCAAUUCACGGCGUCGCAUGGCAUCUUGGUCGCGCUCCUGGUGUGGUUCCUAAUCCUUCACGCCCUCGGGAUUUACCUGUUCACCAGCGGAUUCCUUUUGACGCGUCUAGUCCUCAAUGACAGGUCACAAUGUGCUGAACCGCCUGUGUUGGUGGAAGGGUACGAGGUAGGAUCAAUAGAGAAUGGUUGCUGGCAUCCCAAGUCGUUCGACAAGGCCGUCGUUAUCGUGGUGGAUGCGCUUCGUUACGACUUCACAGUCCCCUUCCAGCCAUCGUUCCCCGAAGAAGCGCCUCACCACUUCCACAACGCGUUGCCUUUUUUCUACCAAACAGCGAAAGACUCCCCUGAAAAUGCGAUCCUCCUACCUUUCAUAGCCGAUCCUCCUACGACAACGUUGCAGAGAUUGAAGGGAUUGACGACAGGCACCCUGCCCACAUUCAUCGACGCAGGCUCCAACUUUGCAGGCACGGCAAUUGAUGAGGACAACCUGAUCGAACAACUGUAUCAUGCUGGUAAAAGGGUUGUCCAUCUUGGAGACGACACGUGGCACGCGCUCUUUCCGGGCUAUUUCGAACCCAAUCUCACCAAGCCGUACGAUUCAUUCAACGUCUGGGAUCUCCAUACUGUGGACAACGGAGUGACGGAACACCUAUUGCCACUAUUGGACACGACUAAUUCUAGCAAGUGGGAUGUCAUCGUUGGACACUACCUUGGAGUCGACCAUGCAGGGCACCGAUACGGGCCAGACCAUCCCGCGAUGGCUGCGAAGCUGAGACAGAUGAACGACGUGCUCACCAAUGUUGCUCAGUCGAUCGAUGACUCGACCUUGCUUGUGGUCAUGGGAGAUCAUGGAAUGGACCAGAAAGGGGACCACGGGGGCGAAUCGGCCGAUGAAGUUGAGGCUGCGAUUUGGUUCUAUUCGAAGCGACCUGUCUUCGGCCGAUCUUCCUCAUAUCGCAUCGAGCCCCCUGCAACCGCGAAGGAACGGCCUGUCGCACAGAUUGACCUUGUUCCAACCUUGUCACUCCUGCUAGGGAUGCCAAUCCCGUUCAACAAUCUUGGGGCGCCGAUCGAAGAGGCAUUUAUUGGGCUCUCCGGUAAUCAGUUUGGCAAUUUAGCAGCCGUGUACCGCCUUACCACGGCGCAAAUUGGCAGGUACAUGUCCAGCUACUCCAACGUCAGAAAGCUAGACGAGUCUACCACAGCGGAGCCGCAGAAGCUGUGGAAGCAAGCCACUGCAAGCUGGGAUAUGGUGCAGCGUAUCAAGAAUCCGGGUCAGUAUGAUUGGAGGUCCGCAUAUCAAGCCUACUCCAAAUAUCAAAAGAGCACGUUGCAUCUAUGUCACUCGCUCUGGGCUCGAUUUGAUAUGGCCAGCAUGGUACAUGGGAUAGAGAUCUUGGUCCUCUCUCUCGGGGUCCUCAUCGUCUAUGCCUGCGGCAUCACUGGCGAUCGGACAGAGUUGAAUCCGAUUCUCCUCGUUCGUGGCGCCCUUGCAAUGAUUCUCGGAGCGGUUCUUGGAGCGAGUAUUAGCUUUCUGGUCGACGCCUUUCCAUUUAUUUCCACGACCGUCUAUUUGGCGGCAUUGGGCGGAGUUGCCGGCAUUUCGUCCGGAUUCUGGUACGCAAGGCGUCUUCGAGCGCCCGUCCCAAAAACCCUUUGGAGCUUUGUCGGCGUCGCAUUUACCCUUCUCCUCUCCAUCGGGUUCGCUUCCAAUUCGUUCACUAUCUGGGAGGACCGGAUUUUGCUGAUGUUCCUUGCGUCGUUCGGCGUCAUGAUGUUUGGAUCCUCGAUGCGACAGCGCGAUGUCGCGAAACGAACCUUCGGGUGUUACUACUCCAUUCUCUUCGUUGUCCUGACUCGCAUUGCUUCAUUGUCCAUGCUCUGUAGAGAAGAGCAGAUGCCAUAUUGUAAAACCACGUUCUAUGCAUCGGCUACUUCGUCUACUUCAGCGGCAUGGCAACUUCUAAUCCCCUUCGUCACGGCGAUCGUCCUUCCAGAGAUUGUUAAAAGUCAUUUCAAAGCUACAGGUUCGUACCAUGGAUCGGCAGUUCUAUGGAUCGGGGUGGCGUUCCGCAUUGGUCUUCUCAUAUGCGCAUUAUUCUGGAGUCUCGAUAUUGCCGAUGACAAGGACUGGCUGGACUGGGACAAAGCUCGACUCAAGACGGUUAAGAUGGUGAUAGCUCAAAUAGCAUUGGUGAUUGCUCUACCGGCUGGAUACUCAACGUUUAGUUGGUGCGAACCAUUCUUGAGCAUAUCAAAUACACCAGCACGAGCGGCCACGAAGAGUCCGGAGGCCACGGGCUCGAUUCAAAAGCCUCCGACAACCCCAGGGAAUGUAAAACCCACCGAGUCGGACGAGAAUCCGAAGCAAGCACCCAUCGUCAUACAUGGAUAUUCCAAUCUCCACGGCACACGCUAUUUCCUCCUUGUCACAAUCUGGGUGCUGACUCUCCUUCUCUUGUACAAGCCCAUGGGUUCCGGCGCGCUUGCGCUUUGCCUAUGGCAGAUCCUCUGCCUCAUGGAAGUACUGGCCUGCACCGGCCAACAAACAUCCUCUAUCGGGCCGGUCGUCCUCGCGUUCAUCGGGUCAUUCUAUUUCUUCAAGACCGGCCACCAAGCCACGCUCACCAGCAUCCAGUGGGACUCCGCCUUCGUCCCGCUCCGAUCGGUGCGGUAUCCGUGGAGCCCGGUGUUGGUGGUUCUGAACAGUUUCGGGGCGCAGAUCCUGUGUUCGAUUGCCGUUCCGGCGGUUGUGCUGUGGAAGCAGCCUGUGAAGACGAAGGGACUUCUAGGACAGGUCGCGAAGGCGAUGGUAAUCCAUGUCCUUGUUUACGCGACCAUCGGCCUGGCUACCACAGUGUGGGCUGCUUGGUUACGGAGACAUUUGAUGUUAUACCGCAUAUUCAGCCCCCGGUUUAUAAUGGGCGCAAUUGUGCUUCUAGUGGUGGAAUUUGUUGGCGCUAUUAUCGCCGUAGGAGGCACAAGAUGGAGUAUGAUGAGCGUUGGGGAUGUUUUCGGGUGGCCCUAAAUCAUAGACACUGCUCCAGAUACUGCAUCGACUCGAUGGUAUCUUAGAUCAUAUACUCAGUCCGAAGCUGAACUAC